AUGGAAAACUCGGCCACCCGAAUCGGCUUCAUCUCCUCGCCCUCCUUCUACAAGGCAACUCUGGCUCAAGGACAGGCGCUCUACUCAAGACGUCUGCGUCAGGGUAACGAUGAUCGGGAAGUACGACACUCGUCCGGUCUGCUGGCGCGCACCGCUCCAUGUCAGGUUCUGGGUGGGUCUACCUGGAAAGAGGUCGGGAUUCACCCCAACAUAAAUCUUUUCUUACAUACGACCUCGAAGACACCAAACCGAAAUAUGCGGCAUGAAAAUUCACGGGCGUCCCUCCUCCUUGGCGCACCUCUCUUCAGCCCCUCCCUGGCCCCUCCUUGGCCUUCCGUGGCCCCUCCUUGGCCUUCCGUGACCUCUCCUCUUUCCGUGGCCCCUCUUUGGCCACUUACCUUCUACUCCGCCCCUCAUCCUCUCCCUCCCCUCAUCCUCUCCCUCCCCUCCCCGCCCUCCCCUAAUCUUCCAGGCCCCUCCUCUCCGGCCUCUCCCCCUGUUGUUCCGGUACCGAAAGGUACCGAGCUGGAUAUUCCGUUUCGCAACGCCCUCAAAUUCUUCGCUAGGCUGAGCGAAGCGGUUUGCCAUGAGGCUUGUGACACCGUAUACCGGGCUCCAGACUCUCGCCGAACGCGUAAGCACAGGACGUUUUGGGCCAAUGGUCCAAGUGACUAUGUAGGAACCAACCCUCGAGAUCCACUUGGAGGGUCCUUUACGUUCAGGGAGCUUGACAAGCCCCAACGCCCCCUCCCCAAGUGCUCUGAUUGUGGCAAGGUCUUUUCGACGAAUGGGAACCGGGAUAUUCACAAGGUUGAUGUCCAUGGACGAAAGACGUUUGUAUGUGAGCAUGAUGGUUGUGUGACGAGGUUGGCGAGCGAAUGGAGGUUGAAGCGACAUAUGAGAUUGGUCCACAGAAAAAACAGUGCCAUGUAA